CACAGAAGUUGUUCUUGCGACGUCCCCCAGCGCCUGCUCACAUCCGGUCGUAUAUAUGUUGCCACGAGUUAGCGGCGAAUUUGGAGAGUGUCCAUUUUGAGCAGCGAGUCGGCGUCUCCGGUAUUCUUUCCCCUUUAAAUCUUUCGAAGAACCCACCGUCAGAAUGGCAGACGCUGAGCAUCUCCUCAUGGAGACAUCGGACCAGAACGGCAAUGAGGGAGAGGAGGACCAGAACGGGGCCGAGCAGGAGCUGAUGGCCGGAGAUGAGGACUGCUUGGAGAGCCAGGAAGAGCAAGAGCAGGAGCAGGAGGAGCAGGAAGGCCAAGAAGUUCAGGAGGGUCAGGAAGGCCAAGAAGGUCAGGAAGGCCAAGAAGGACAGGAAGGUCAAGAGAACAGCGCAGAUGGAGGCAAGAUUGACGCCAGCAAAGGAGAGGAGGACGCUGGUAAAAUGUUUGUGGGCGGCCUCAGCUGGGACACGAGUAAAAAGGACCUGAAGGAUUACUUCAGUAAGUUCGGAGAAGUGUCGGACUGCACCAUCAAGAUGGACUCCAACACGGGCCGGUCCCGAGGCUUCGGCUUCGUCCUCUUCAAAGACGCCUCCAGCGUGGAAAAGGUGCUGGAGCAGAAGGAACACAGACUGGACGGACGUCCGAUCGACCCCAAGAAGGCGAUGGCCAUGAAGAAGGAGCCCGCCAAGAAGAUCUUCGUCGGGGGUUUGAACCCUGAGGCCACAGAGGACGCAAUCAGGGAAUAUUUCGGAGCCUUCGGAGAGAUCGAAACCAUUGAGCUUCCCAUCGACCCCAAAUCGAAGAAGAGGAGGGGAUUCAUCUUCAUCACGUACAAAGAUGAAGCCAGCGUCAAGAAGUGUCUGGAGAAGAAAUACCACACCAUCCAGAGCGGCCGGUGUGAGCUGAAGAUCGCCCAGCCGAAGGAGGUUUACCAGCAGCAGCAGUAUGGCGCCGGACGUGGCGGCGGUUUCGGAGGUCGGGGAGGAGGAGGCGGAGGAGGAGGAGGAGGCCGGGGCCGUGGAGGUCAGGGCCAGAACUGGAACCAGGGCUAUGGAAACUACUGGAACCAGGGAUACGGUAGCCAAGGUGGCUACGGCGGCGGCUACGGAGGCUAUGGCAACUACGACUACUCUUCUGGUUACUAUGGAUACGGGCCCGGAUAUGACUACACAGACCAGGGCAACGGCAGCUACGGCAAGACCCCAAGACGGGGGGCACACCAGGCCGGCUACAAGCCAUACUGAUGAUCACAUGGUAGCGCAAGGACUCCAGUGAUCCAGUGAGACCGACGGCUGGAUGGACACACUGGGCAUGACUCGACCUCUUUUAUGACAGAAGACCAUUUGUACAGAAAAACAACCGAAAUGUAACUUCCUUUUUGUUUCUUUUUGUUUCUGUUUUUUUAAAUCCUUUCAUUUUUAGAUUCUACUUUUCCCUUUGGUGUUUUUUUUUUCUUCUCUUCCCCCUUCCACAUUUCCAUCAAUGGAAGUGUAAUUUUUACUGUACUUUUUGGUACCUGUUUUGAUUCUAAUGUAUUGUAAGGCUUGUAUUUUACAUGUUUGCUGGCUUUACAGGUUGAAAAAUCUUGGCGCUGUAAAGGAGCUUUUUUGACAAAUAAAACCGUUUUCAGUAAUUUUUUUUUUGGUUCUGAUGCUUCCAGGUUUUGGGGUGGAAGAUUAAGAAGUUGAAUGGGUUUAGGAUUCAAAUUCAGCUGAUUUCUCCGUCUUUUUUCCCCUUCAUGUGGAACCAUUUUAACUCCUUAUAAUUCCUCAAAACGGAAACGACUUCAGGACGUUCGACAUCCACCAGGGAAUUUAACAUCUAAAAUACAGAUGUUAAUGGGGAGGGGGAAUGAUUUAAAUCUACAUACCUUUUUACAUAACAAGCAACUUGUUUAAGUUUCUAUGCUGGUUUAGUUUGUGUUUGUCAAGUGUCACUGGUUUUUAGAAAUAACCGCUUUGAAGUUAAAUGUCUGCUUAGUUUUUUUGUUUUGUUCUGGAGGCCACUGGAGUCUCCUCAGCUAGUGUCUCUGGCAAUUUAUUAGUAAUAAACAUCCUCGUUUGUAA